UUGUUCUUUUAAUGUCGAAUUGUCGGCGGCGAUAGUGGCGUGAACAGCGUUGCGAAGGUGUCGAUAUUAUCCUUGAAGAAAAUGUCUGAAACUUUGAAACUUAGAGGAACUCUUUGUGGCCACAAUGGAUGGGUUACGCAAAUUGCUACUAAUCCCAAAUAUCCGGAUAUGAUUUUGUCUUCUUCCCGAGACAAAACCUUAAUCGUGUGGAAAUUAACCAGGGACGAAACAAACUAUGGCGUGCCACAGAAGCGUCUGUAUGGUCACUCCCAUUUCAUCUCUGAUGUAGUUCUUUCGAGUGAUGGAAACUAUGCUCUCUCUGGGUCAUGGGACAAGACCCUGCGUCUCUGGGAUCUUGCCGCUGGAAAAACAACCAGGAGAUUCGAAGACCAUACAAAGGAUGUCCUCUCGGUGGCUUUCUCUGUUGACAACCGUCAAAUAGUAUCAGGGUCUCGGGACAAGACUAUCAAGUUGUGGAAUACACUUGCUGAGUGCAAGUACACCAUUCAAGAUGAUGGCCAUUCUGACUGGGUAUCUUGUGUCCGAUUCUCACCUAACCAUGCCAAUCCCAUCAUCGUGUCUGCUGGAUGGGACAGAACUGUUAAGGUUUGGCAUUUGACAAACUGCAAAUUGAAGACCAACCACAAAGGUCACUCUGGGUACUUGAACACGGUGACUGUUUCUCCGGAUGGAUCUCUAUGUGCAUCUGGUGGCAAGGACAUGAAGGCCAUGCUAUGGGACUUGAAUGACGGCAAACACUUGCAUACCCUGGAUCACAAUGACAUCAUUACAUCACUGUGCUUCUCACCAAACAGAUACUGGCUCUGUGCUGCUUUCGGACCUUCCAUCAAGAUCUGGGAUCUUGAAAGCAAGGAAAUGGUUGAAGAACUGAAACCAGAAAUCAUCAACCAGACACAGAACUCUAAGUCAGAUCCUCCGCAAUGCUUGUCUCUCGCCUGGUCAACUGAUGGUCAAACACUAUUCGCUGGCUACAGUGACAACAUUAUUAGAGUAUGGCAGGUUUCCGUUGCGCGAUAAUCUGUCGAAAAAAUCAGUUUCAUUUAUUUUUGUCCUUUAAACACACAGAGCAUAAAAAUAAAUGAAAUUCAAUAUGU